CCCCACAGCACCUGUAUAUCGAAAUAUAAAUUCGGCCUGUAUACCGUCACAAGUGCUUUACCACUGCCUCUAUGAUAUAGUGGUUAAGCAUUGGAGAUCAACUUCUAGAUCAAUCGUUAAAGAAUUGAUAUUUAGCAACCAGAAAAUUGAUACAACUCUUCUGAGUCCGAUCUGUUUCAUAUUCCAAGCUGUUUCAGUCAUGCCAAGCUACAAAAUAAGCUACUUCAACAUUCGCGGUCUCGCCGAGCCCGCACGAAUGAUGCUCGCUCUACGAGGUUGCGAGUACGUGGACGAACGAUUCUCACACGAGGAAUGGCCACAACGAAAGAUUGACAAGGCUGCAUUUCCUCUCGGCCAAGCUCCGGUCCUGACGGUUGAUGGCAAGGUGGUUAUCCCGCAAAUCAGGGCGAUUUGUAGAUAUCUUGCUUCUGAGCUUGAUUUAUUCGGAACAACUCGUUUGGAAGGAGCUCAGAUUGACGUCAUCCUGGAAACGCUCACUGACAUCGGAAAAAAACUUGUACCUCUCCUUAUGAACCAAGAUGAAAGUAAGAAGGCUGAAAUGGGGAAAGAGUUUGUCCAGACAUCUUCCAAACCCUACUUCACUUAUCUUGAAGAACUAAUCAAGGAUGCAGGAGGGAAGUACUUCGUGGGAAACAAGAUCUCAUUGGCGGACAUCGAAGUCUUUCACACGCUGGAUAUGAUGACAAACAGCAAGUACGCUAUAGAGGGCGUCCUCGAUGCCUACCCUCAACUGAGUGCCUUCUACAAGUUCUUCAAGGAGGAAGGUCCUUUGAAUUCUUACCUGAAAUCUCGACCCGUCACGGAUGCAUAAUAGGGAGCUUUCGCAACAGUUACCCAGACACUUUCUGGAACGUGGAUAAUCUACAGUAUUGUCAAAUGUCC